AUGCGCGCGCACGCUCGGACCGUCGUCGCUCGCCUCGUAGGGGGCGCGCAAGAGUAUGCGCGCCGAUCCAUUGCCUUCGAUGUGAGCGGCGCGCGCGUGUCUCCCGAGGCGGUCGCCGGCGCGGUCGCGGAGCUGAGGGAGCGCGGCGUGGAGGUUGUCGACUCGGUGGAUUCCGAAGACGCCGCGCGGAGGGUCGCGCUCGCGUCCAGGGACUUCUACUGGUACUCCCCCAAGCUCAAGAGGGAGCUGCGCGGGAUGAAGGGCGACGCCCUGGUCGUGGCGAGGUCCGAGGAGGACGUCGUGAACGCCGCCGGCGUCGCCGCGCGCCGGGGGGUUCCGCUCACGCCUCGAGGCGCGGGCACCGGCAACUACGGCCAGGCGGUCCCGAUGCGAGGCGGCCUCGUGUUGGACCUCUCGCCGAUGGACCAGAUCGUCAGCUUCGACGCGCGCGACGGCAUCGUCCGCGCGCACGCCGGCAUCAACCUCGCCACGCUCGAGGAGACGACGCGAGCGGAGGGGUGGGAGCUCCGGCAGCAUCCCAGCACCAGGCGAACGGCGACGCUGGGCGGCUUUGUCGCCGGAGGAUCCACCGGCGUCGGCGCGGUGACGCACGGCGGACUCGCCGAGGACGGCGCCGUGCUGGGCCUCCGCGUCGUCACCGCGGAACCGUCCCCGCGCAUACUGGAGCUCCGCGGCCGCGACGUCUUCCCCGUGGUGCACGCCUACGGGACCAACGGGGUGGUGACCGAGGUGGAGGUGCCGCUCGCUCGCGCGCAGCCGUGGUGGGACGGAGUGUACCGUUUUCCGACACUGCGUCACGCGGCCAAGUUUGCGCUGGAGCUCGGGGAGGCGCCGGCGAUCGUCGCGAGGGAGGUGAGCGUCCACCAGUCGCCGACGUUCGCGAGGGAGCUGGCGCACACGGCGCUCGGCGGGAUGCUUCGCGACGCGGGCGCCGGCGACGCUCACGUCGUGCUCGCGCAGAUGGCGAAGCCGUCGUUGGGCCCCGCUCUGCGGCUGGCGCGAGACAACGACGGCGACGCGUGCUUCGAACCCUCGCGGUCCGAGGACUUGGCGCUGGGCAUCCCGCUGUACGAGUACGCGUGGAACCACACCACCCUGCACGCGCUGAAGAGGGACAAGUCCGUGACGUACCUGCAGGCGGCGAUGAUGCCCGGCGAGGCUCUCGACCUCGUGACCGCCGUGGAGCAAAGGUACGGCGCCGACGAGCUCGUGCAGCACUUGGAGGUGGUCAGGUUCGGGGGUAGGAUCGGGUUCGCGUCGCUGGCGCUGCUCAGGCCCGGCACCGACGCCGCGGUCGCGGUGGAUAAGGUGGAGGAGGUGAUGCGAUGGCACGAGGCGAACGGCGUUCCGGUGUUCAACCCGCACACGCACGUGCUGGAGGACGGCGGGAUGAAGCAGACGGACUGGGCGCAGCUCGGGUUCAAGUCUGGCGCGGACCCGAACGGGGUGCUGAACCCGGGGAAGAUGCGAGCGUGGGAGGAGGGCAAGGCGACGACGGAGGCGUCCGACCCGCGCGGGUCAUUCUCCGCGGCGUACAGACUCGCGCAGAGCGACGGCGCAUCUGUGGCGAACAAAGACCCAAACAAAAAACCAAACCCAAACUCGAAAGAGGAUAUUAUGGCGAACCGGGCGAACCGGGCGAACGAAGAGUCGAACGCGCCGCCGCCGACGACGACGCGGGAAAGGAAGAUGAGCAGGCUGUGGUCGGAGUGGACCACGGAGGACUUCGCCACCGCGGACCUCAGCGACGCCGUGGCCGUGUUGCCCCUGGGCGCCACGGAGGCGCACGGCCCGCACCUUCCCCUGGGCGUCGACUCCAUGCACAACGCCGCGCUGCUCGCCCGCGCGCUGGAGCUCGUCCGCCACGACGUCCGCGUCCUCGCGCUACCCCCGCUGGACAUCGGCGUGAGCUGCGAGCACGGCGGGUUCGCGGGAACCGUGGGCAUCGCGCCGGAGACGGCGGCCAAACAGUGGGAAGAAAUUGGAGCGUGCGUCGCGCGAGCGGGUAUCCGGAAGCUGAUUUUGUACAACUCGCACGGGGGAAACCACGCGUUGGCGGAGGUUGUGGCGCGCAGGUUGAGGCUCAGGCAUCGCAUGAUCGCGGCGCUCGCGCUGAACCUCGCGAUGGACGACGACGGGUGCGCGGGGGCGCUGUUCCCUACCGAUGAGCUCCGGUUCGGCAUCCACGGCGGAUCGUUGGAGACGAGCGUGAUGAUGCACCUGCGGCCCGAGCUCGUGGACGCGUCCAAGGCGGCGCACUUCGCCUCGUCCGCGGCGCAAAUGGGUGGUAAGACGCUGCAGAGGCACGCGUUGGGGUUCGGGGUGAAGACCGGUUGGGCGAGUCAGGAUUUGAACCCGCACGGAGUCGUCGGAGACGCGUCGGACGCGACCGACUCGAAAGGGGCGAAGCUGGUGGAAUCGUCGGCGCGUGGGUUGGCGCGGCUCAUCGAGGAGAUGCACGCGACGUGCGCGGACGAGUGGACGGGGACGGCGCCGCUGUACCCUCCGCAGGGAACCGACGAGGAGAUUUGA